AUGCACACAUCUGUGGGCAUCAUAUUCUGCCUUUUUCUCAGUCUCACUGGGGGAUUUGAACACCUGACAAAGGCCAGAAGACCCCCAAAUGAUAAGCAGGUCAUCAGUGUUGAGAAGGGAGGCCCCCAGGGCAUCUGGGGAAGGCCGGAAUUCUGCCCGGAAGGCACCUGUGCCAAUGGCUUUAAGCUGCAGGUUCACUCCCCAGCCCACGGCACAGACAAGACGGGUGUGAAUGGGGUCAAGUUGCGCUGCUCGGAUCUGUCUGCCGUCACGUCCACUGUGGGGCCGUGGGGAGCCUGGUCUGCUGCUCGCCUGUGCUCCGAUGGCAACCUGGACUCUUUUGCCUUGCAAACACAAGACGCAACUUCUCAUGACAACAUGGCAGUUACCAACGUCGUGUUCACGUGCUCCUCCUCUCGCAAACCCCUGGCGGGGGAUGGGCUGGCCGAAGGCGUGCUUGGAGAUUGGAGCAACAGGUGCCAUGAAGGCGGCAUCUGCGGCAUCCGGACCAAGGUGCAGAAUCCUCAGGAGCACGAGGACGAGACAGCCCUGAACAAUGUCCAGUUUUAUUGCUGCUCGUGCCCGUCUUCCAAGCCCCACCAUUUUCCAUAG